UUGGCUGACCCAGCUCUUUCCCCAGAUAACUCAACUCAGCCAACCAAACAGGAUCGACCUCUCUCUUUCACGCUCAGCCCUCUGGCCUCAGACGCGCCACCGGUGGAGAGGGAUGUCACAGCUGGAAGAGAGGCAGCCCUCCUCGCUCAGUACGAAACGCGAGCAGAGCGCGUCCGCUUCUCCGCUUUACGCACGGGGCUUCUGACUUCUCCAGCAGAGACACGCGCCUGGCGACUAACUCGUCACCCGUCGGCGGUAAUAAUGCUCCCCAGCCCGGUCGUGGCUUCCUCCAGCACGCCUUUUUCUGUCAAGGACAUUUUGAAGCUGGAGCUCCAGCAGCAGUCCCAGCAGCAGCAGCAGCUGCAGCUCAUCUCCCGCCUGGGACUGUCGCAGUCCGGAGCCUUCCCAAACAAGUCCCUCAGCUCCUACUCGCCGCCCUCCUGCAUGCUGGCGGGCAGAGACAGCCCCAGCCCCAUCAGCUCUUGCCUGUCGGAGAGCGAGGAGCGGAUGUCGUGCCUGGGCGCGCUGGGCGGCCGGGGGCGGCUCCGGGAGUCCUCUCUGCCGGCGGAAGGGUUCGCCAACGACCCGGCCGAGCUCCGGCUGGAGACCGAGCAGCAGGAGCGCACCGUCAAGGACUGCGCUGCGUUUCGGGGUGAGUGCGGGGAUCCGGACUCGGAGAAGCCGGCCGCCAAGCAGCAGAGGACCAGGAGGAAGCCCCGCGUUCUCUUCUCGCAGGCCCAGGUGUUCGAGCUGGAGCGGCGCUUCAAGCAGCAGCGCUACCUGUCCGCCCCGGAGAGGGAGCACCUGGCCAGCUCCCUCAAACUCACCUCCACCCAGGUCAAGAUCUGGUUCCAGAACAGGAGGUACAAAUGCAAGAGGCAGCGCCAGGACAAGACGCUGGAGAUAGCGGGCCACCACCACCACCACCACCAGCACCACCACCACCUCCCACCACCCAGGAGGGUCGCCGUGCCAGUUCUGGUUCGAGACGGGAGGCCUUGUCUGAGCGGAUCCCAGAACUACAACCCCCCUUACGCAGUGGGAGCCGCGAACCCGUACGGCUACAACGGAUACCCCCCCUACAGCUACAACAACUCCAUGUACACCAACACUUACUCCUGUACUUAUUCCAGUGUGCCCGCUCUCCCACCGAGCAACACUGCUGCUAACGCUUUCAUGAACGUGAAUUUGGGAACCCUCGGCGCUCAGACGCAGAGCCAGACCCCCCAGGGACCCGUGGCCCCCCCCUGCCAGGGCUCUCUGCAGGGCAUCCGGGCAUGGUAGGCCGACCAUGGACCUCACCGGAUGAACUCAAGCAUGCAGCGCCAUGCAAACUCCUUCUCAAACGGCAGAAACUGCAGUGGCUUACUUGUCUGUAACAGGUCUAUGAAGUAUAUACACCGACUGGCAUCCAAUUCCAAAUACUUGCAUUUUCUCUGAGCCACUUGUGAAAACGUACUGAAAAAAGGUAUUAUGGAAUGGAUGUUGAUGAGCCAAAAUUCAGCGACUAAACAGAUGUGUUUUUGGGGAAAGAAGCAAGAAUGUUUUCGCUGUGAGGCAUUUAAUGAGUGAAUUGUUGCCACAACAGGGCCUGAUUAAAAAGAG